CGGUACUAAAACGGCGUGGCAGUACUGUCGUAGUUUAACUUUCAAGCCGGUUUAAUGUUAAAUAAUAUGUUUUAGUAAUUGAAUAGGUUAUGCGUUAUGAUUUCAUAAGUACGAAGUGCAAGAUAUUGUUAGAGGAAUUUAGAAUCUUGGUGUUUUUAUGUAGAAAUAGAUUUUCAUGGUUUAUUUAAGGCAUCUGUAUUUUGUGAUGGUCGAUUGUAGCGCCGGAAGAUUAUUUUACUUUGUUACAUUUGAGGGAAAUUUAAAAGUCGCAUUUCCGGAUAUAAACAUGAAAGUGUGAUAUUCAGUGAAUAUGUCAAGGAGAUCCGACAGUUAACGGUUAGAGAGAAAAUUGUAUCCUAGAGAGUGAAUUAUUGGUUUAUGUGUAAGUGAGUUUCGAGUGGUUAUAACCUUAAUAGUUAUUGUCUGAUUAGCUGUUGAACAUUGAAACAAGAAAUUCAAAAUGAAUAAGGAAAAAACUAAUAACACGGAAAAUAAGCCUCAUGGGUUUGAAAAGGCAUUACAACCAGAAAAAAUUAUUGGUGCUACCGACUCUUGUGGAGAAUUGAUGUUUUUAAUGAAAUGGAAAGGAACGGAUGAAACCGAUUUAGUAACAGCAAAGGAGGCAAAUGUGAUUUGUCCUCAAAUAGUUAUUCAAUUCUAUGAAGAUAGACUCAUAUGGCCUAAUACUAAAUCGCAAACUAAGUAAAGGGAAAUAUUUAGAGAGAAUUUAUAAUAUUAUGAUAUAAAAGAAAUAUGUUAAGAGUUUAAUAUUCAUGAUAUGACAAAUGGCUAAUCUUCAUUAUUUUUAUAUUUGGAAAAUGUUUGUAUUCGUAAGAACUGUGAAAAUUUUUUAAUAUGCCACUAGUCAGAAUUUAUACAUAUGGUACUGUAAUUGUUAGUUUUGAAAUAUAUUGAUAAGAUUAUGGUUUUGUA